GCCACUAGGCAAGCGCGGGGGACAACCCCGCCCCGCCCCCUCACGGCGCUCAGCUGCCGCCCACCCGACCCGCCUCCUCACGGCGGCGCGCCGGCCGCUGGGGCUGGUAGUGCAGGGCGGAGCCCGGACCGCGGCCGCCAGCGAACUACAUCUCCCGGCGGGCCCGGCGGCGGGCGGCGCCCCCCGCUCGGCGGAGCUUGGCAGGCGGGCUGUGUACGUGGGCGCGGAGCGGGGCAUGAGGCGGGCGCCGAGAUGUGGCUGAAGCCCGAGGAGGUGCUGCUGAAGAGCGCCCUCAAGCUGUGGGUGCUGGAGCGCUCCAACCGCUACUUCGUGCUGCAGCGGAGGCGAGGCUACGGGGAGGACGGCGGGGGGCUGGCAGGCCUUCUCAUGGGGACACUAGAUGCAGUCUUGGACUCUACAUCAAAAGUGGCUCCAUUUCGGAUCCUGCAUCAAACACCGGAUUCUCAAGUCUACUGGUCCAUUGCAUGUGGAGCCAGCAGAGAAGAAAUAACGGAACACUGGGACUGGUUGGAACACAAUGUUAUGAAGACCUUAUCAGUGUUUGAUUCAAAUGAAGAUGUUACUAGCUUUGUACAGGGAAAGAUAAGAGGAUUGAUUGCUGAAGAAGGGAAAGGUUCUUUCAUACAAGAAGAAGAUCCUGAGAAGUUUCGUGAAGCUAUUCUGAAGUUUGAGAAGUGCUUUGGAUUAGCAGAGCAGGAGAAGUUGGUGACCUAUUACUCCUGCAGCUGCUGGAGGGGGCGAGUGCCCUGUCAGGGAUGGCUUUAUCUUAGUACCAACUUUCUUAGCUUUUACUCAUUUUUGCUGGGAGCAGAAAUAAAACUCGUUAUCUCCUGGGAUGAAAUCUCAAAACUUGAAAAGACCUCCAAUGUGAUCCUGACAGAGAGUAUUCAUGUGUGCUCCCGUGGGGAGGACCACUACUUUUCCAUGUUUUUGCACAUUAAUGAAACGUUCCUUCUUAUGGAGCAGCUGGCAAACUACGCUGUAAGGAGACUUUUUGACAAGGAGACAUUUGAAAAUGACCUAGUCCUCCGUGAUCCUCUGCAAAUCACCAAGAGAGGCCUGGAGAACCGAGCCCACAGUGAGCAGUUUAGUGCAUUCUUCAGGCUACCCAAAGAAGAGACCCUGAAGGAAGUGCAUGAAUGCUUCUUAUGGGUACCUUUCUCCCACUUCAACACGUUGGGAAAAAUGUGCAUUUCAGAGAACUACAUCUGCUUUGCUAGCCAGGAUGGCAGUCUCUGCAGCAUAAUCAUUCCCCUAAGAGAGGUCAUAGCAGUGGAGAAGGCUGAUCCAGCUAACAAAGGAGUCAGCAUUAGUACGAAAGGAAAAAGAGCUUUUCGUUUCACUGAGGUUAAGGAUUUUGAACACCUGGUAGCAAAGCUCAGGAUCAGAAGUGGAACAACUUCAAGUCCACAUCACACUGCAAGUACAGAGGUUGCCACUACUUCUGACUCUGACAAUCUGGUGGAUUAUUAUGAAGGACAGUUAAUGGCAGGUCAGAAAGGCAGCAGCAAGACUGUUAGCACAGAAGCUCUAAUGACCGUAUUCCACCCUCAGGAUGCUGAUAAUCUUGACUCUAAAAUGUUGAAAGAAAAAAUGAAAGAGCAGUCCUGGAAUAUCCUCUUUGUAGAAUGUGGACGUGGCGUUAGCAUGUUUCGGACAAAGAAGACUCGAGAUCUAGUUUUAAGAGGGAUCCCAGAGACCUUACGAGGAGAGCUCUGGCUGCUCUUCUCAGGUGCCGUUAAUGACAUGGCUACAAACCCCGGUUAUUACACUGAACUGGUGGAAAAGUCCCUAGGAACAUGCACUUUGGCUACUGAUGAAAUUGAACGAGAUUUGCGUCGCUCCCUACCUGAGCAUCCAGCCUUUCAGAGCGACACUGGUAUUUCUGCACUCAGGAGAGUUCUUACAGCCUAUGCGUACAGGAAUCCCAAGAUUGGAUACUGUCAGGCAAUGAAUAUUUUGACAUCCGUGCUGCUACUUUACGCUAAAGAAGAAGAAGCUUUCUGGCUAUUGGUUGCUGUGUGUGAAAGAAUGCUACCCGAUUAUUUCAAUCGUCGAAUCAUUGGGGCCUUGGUGGAUCAGGCAGUGUUUGAGGAACUCAUCAGGGAUCACCUGUCUCAGCUGACGGACCACAUGACAGACAUGACGUUCUUCUCGUCCGUCUCUCUCUCCUGGUUUCUUACCCUCUUUAUCAGCGUGCUGCCCAUUGAAAGUGCAGUCAGUGUGGUAGACUGUUUCUUCUACGAUGGGAUAAAGGCAAUCUUGCAGCUGGGUCUGGCGGUACUGGACUACAACAUGGACAAGCUGCUGACCUGUAAGGAUGAUGCAGAGGCAGUGACUGUUCUAAACAGAUUUUUCGACAGCGUCACUAACAAGGACAGUCCGUUGCCUCAGGCUGUGCAGCAGGCUUCAAACCUGAACGAUACAAAGAGUUACCACCCAAAAGUGGACAUAACCGACCUGAUCAGAGAGUCAAACGAAAAAUAUGGUGAUAUUCGAUACGAGGAUGUCGAGAGCAUGCGCUGCAGGAACAGGCUGUAUGUGAUCCAGACGCUAGAAGUUACUACAAAACAGAACGUGCUGCGUGUUGUGUCCCAGGAUGUAAAAUUCAGUCCUAGUGACCUGGAAGAGCUUUAUGAAUUAUUCAAGAAGGAACAUUUUCUGUCCUGUUACUGGAGUGCAAAUAGCCCUGUCCUGAGACACCAUGACCCCAGUCUGCCAUAUCUGGACCAGUAUCGGAUCGACUGCCAGCAGUUCAGGGUCCUCUAUCACCUCUUGAGUCCAUGGGCCCAUUGUGCAAACAGGGACUCUCUUGCACUGUGGACAUUCAGAUUGCUGGACGAAAACGCCGAUUGCCUUAUAAACUUCAAAGAAUUUGCCUGUUCACUUGAUGUCAUGUAUAAUGGAAGUUUCACUGACAAACUGAAGCUGCUUUUUAAGCUGCACAUCCCUCCAGCUUUUACUGAAGUGGAAUCUCUAAGCCCUUCCAAAGGUGAUGAUCUUUCAAAAGAAGAGCUGAUUCAUUUCAGUCAACUCAAUGUUUCCUCUCCUGUGGAUAUUCAGGAAGCUGAUGCUUUGAAGAGAAGCCCAGAAAAAGCAGGUAAAGAGAAGAUUGAUAUUCAGACCUAUCUGAAGCAAUGGCAAGAUGAACUUCUUAAAAAAGAAGAAAAUAUUAAGGAUUUGCCUAGAAUGAACCAGUUCCAGUUCAUCCAGUUCUCAAAGACUUUAUACAACCUGUUCCACGGGGACCCUGAAGAGGAGUUGUUAUAUUGGGCUAUAGCAACUGUCACCAGCCUCUUGCUGAAGAUGGAAGAAGUUGGGAGAAGACUACAAAGCCCCACUUCACCAGCCAAAAGCCCAGCUUCUGCAGCAGAAUCCAGCGCGGGCAGCCAGAACACUCUAAAGAAAGACAGUGCACCCCAACAGACUGAGCGCAGGAAUGUACAAAGCACUCGCAGAGACGACCAGGAAUGGUCUUUUGCCUUUGAGCAGAUCCUGGCAUCCUUGUUAAAUGAACCAGCUUUGGUGAGAUUUUUUGAGAAACCUCUAGACAUAAAAGCCAAGGUAGAAAAUGCUAAAACUUCACAAUUAAAAGCGAGAACCAGAGUAUAGGUUUUUUUGUUUUUGUUUUUUUUCUCACCUUUGCACCCUAUGUAACACAAAGGCCAUUGCUAUGGAAAGUGAGCAUUGUUUAUACUGAGAACGAGAUUUGAGGAUUUAGCUUUAACUACCAGAUAACAAUAUGUGUUGAAGUAAUUAAAAACACUUUGAAGCACAAUCACAUCUUUGUGUUGUUCAGAAAUAUCAGUAUAGCUCAAAAAGGACAGAAAAGUAAACGGCAUUUUUACCAUAUUAUACAAAAUAUGCAAUAUUACUAAAAAAAAUACUAAAUGUGACCCAUAGAGGGCACUAUUGCAAAACUUUCAGUAUGACUACUAUUACUGGUUGCGUACAUCUUGAUUUACUGUUCAUUGUUGUGAUGAAUAUGAUGAUUUUCUGCCAGUUAUAAGUAGUACUUGAUAUCUAAGUGUUUUACUUUCAGGCUGGUUUAAUUUCAAAAUAACCAUUUCUAAAUCUGCAUGUAAACUCACACCAACCCAGGGCAAAAGCCUCAGUGCUAAGGGGAAUAGAGUUUUUGGACUGGUAGCCUUGAUAGUCACAGGAGCAUUGUUGCUAAAGAAGGAAGUUUCCAUUCUUUUAUUUGUUGCUGUACUGUAGUGUUAAUCUUGUCUUUAUCAGACCUCACUGGCUUCUAGUGAAUAGCUGGUGUCAGAGCUGGGCCUGAAUCUAUGCAAAAUUCAGACCAGAAUCCUGAUUUCCCAAAUGGCACCAUUUCUACAUUGGAUCUGUACGCCCUGGAAUUUUGGGGACCCAGAUUUUGUAGCUCGGGUGUGAUUUCCAUCUGAGUAAUUUUCCAUCUGACUCCAUGGUUUCCUGCAUCAACCCAGAUGAGUAGGUUACCCCUUCCCGCCAACAUUCUGUAUCCCUGAGAUGCAAGAAUGGGGGAGUUAACUGAUACUCUUGUGGCUCCCCUGUUGCACAAGGGUGAGAACGCUGGGGACGGAUCAUCAAAAGGUGUAACUUCCAAUCAAAUGUAUUCCAGUGUACUUGCUGGAGUCGCAAAGAAAUGGGCAGACAAUGGCUAAUCCCUUUUUCUGUAUAAGGAAUUAGGAUGUGAUGUAAUGCACUUAAAUUUUGUCUGGAUCCACUUGCAGGCAGGGGAGGGAUAGCUUGCUCAUCUGGUGCAUGUUGGAGAAAGACAUGAUUUUGUUUGAAUGUUAUCUCAAAAUCUAAUAGUAGCCAUCAAUAGCCACCUCCUAUCAGUUGAAUUAUGACUGCUGAGCCGGGUGACUGACCUGCUGCAGCAGAUGCUGCUUUGUUACCUUUGACUCUAAGCUCAAGCUUGUAACUGUUAGUCUUUUGCCAUUGGUCUUCUCUUUUGGAUUAUUACCAGUGUGAUAGUUUAUAUCAGUGGUUCCCAACCUUUUCGUCUGGCGGGCGCCAGACAAAGGACAGUGGCGGCGGUGGAGCACCCGCCAAAAUGCUGCCGAAUUUCUGCGGCAUUUCGGCGGUGACGCCCCUUGAUGACGUUGCCUGUUGGCGGCAAGUGACGUCAUCAAGAGGCGUCGCCGCCGAAACGCCGCAGAAAUUCGGUGGAUGCUCUACCGCCGGCCAGGAUGCGGGCGCAUUUAGAUGCACCGUGUUGGGGACCCCUGGUUUAUAUCCAUCAGGACAUAUAGCAGCAACAAAAUCCUUCGGAGUCUGAAAGUCAGGUUUUUAAGUAUGUCAGCAGGAAAAAAAAAACUUUUUUGAGUCAUAAUCAACAAAGGAGCCAUCUCUUUAUUGUAAGGAUCCUUUGAGGCAAGCUCUGUUAAUGUUACUGAGAAAUUGUUGACUCAACUGCUAUGUAGUGUGCAUAAAAGGGAGGGGGAGAAAACCUUGUAUUUUUACAAAAUUGAUAAGCUGCAAAUGUUAAGUGGUAAACUGCUUAAAAUGCAUAUUUCUAAGGCAUGAAUUACAAUCUUUCACUGCAAAGCAGCACUGUUUUUAUAAGGUGUAUGUUUAUAAAGAAUUAGGACAGGAGGUGGUACCAAUAUUAGGUGCUUUUUCUAUGUUGCUUACAUGGAGUAGAAACAAAACUAAGAUUUCUGAACUUGGCUGUAUAUUGCAACACAACGCUGAAAUUCUGUCACUGUGAGUGGGAGGAAAGUUACCAUGCCUCCUGAAUGUGUAAAACCAUUUCUUCCUAAUCUCAGGAAUUAAUGUAAAUUGAUCUCAACUGAAGGAAUAAUUACAAAAAAUUGGAUAAUAUAUACAGAAAGUGAAAUUAGGAAGCUUAAACGUAGCUUUAGGUUAUAUAAUUUUGAUUUGUAUAUUAUGGAUUGAAGUGUGAAAAGCUUAUAUCCUUUCUCAUGUAUAUUUCUAAGGCAGAGAUGGAUACUACUGCAUGGAUCUGUAUAUCUGUGUUUACUAAUUGUUUUCAUUGCAUAUUUUCACUGUUUUAAAAACAAAAAGCAGGUAACUUUUGAUGUUCUAGGCAAGGGCUUGAUUGAUCAGGCAAACCUUUACUCAUGUGAGUAAACAGUAUGCAAGCAACCCCAUUGAAGUCAAUGCAACUACGUGUGAAAAAGGGUGAGCAGCAUCAAGCCAUAUGUUUUUAAUUUCAGACUUCAUUGUGGGUUAACAAGUAUGGUGUAUUUGCCAAGCAAGAGAAGUUAAAGGCUUAUUGAGUUUUUGUGGUGGGUGGGGAAACAAGUUAUAAAAAGAGUUAGACGCAGGUUAAAUUAUAUGCAGGAAGGAGGUGUUAAAGAAGUCUGAAAAAUGUAGUGGUAUUGAUAUUAAAUGGCUGUUAUGCAAAAAUAGGCACUUUUACAAAUGUCAUGCACUUUCUAUUAAUGUUAGUCAAAAGGACCAUACAGAAAGCCAAUUAUCAAUUAUAUAUCAAUUCUGUACCUGCGUCUAUAGUAGAAUUAUCACAUAUAUUUAUACACAGAAUGACCAGCAUACAUGUAAAAUCUGCUUAAAACUAAAAGUUAGGGGUACAAUUAUUAUUUUUUAUUAUCCUAAGAGAUUAUUUUUAGUUGUUUGUUUGUUAUAGAUUUUUGAACGAAGAAAAUGUAAUGUCUUUUUUUGUCAUUCCUUUAUACACCUGUGUUCUGGUCCAGCAAAAAAUUGCCUUGACCUUCUGUGCCAUGUGAGCUCUAGAUGGUAAGGAUUGAUGGAUCAGCCUUGCAGGGCAAAGCCUCCUUGAGGAAAUCAUCUUUCUGUAGGUGGCAAGGAGUUGUGCAGUUGCUCUAGUGGGAAGAGCUCAUGAAACUCCAGGUGCUUGGAGGCUGCAGACCAGCUUCUGAUCCCUCUCACACCAGUUCUUAGUCCUGAUCUGGAACACCCUUAAUAUUUAGUACUCAAGUGUAGGAUUUGAAGCAAGUGGGUGAGUGUUUGCAGGAGGUCAAGGGAGAGGAUCUUGCUUCACACUGUGCUGAGUGAGUUUAGACUCUGACCCUCUGUCUCUUUUGUGUCCCUUUCCUACCCCACUCACUGUGGAGAUGGCCUGGCUAACAAAAUAUAUAAAAACUCGGAGGCAAAACCCUUCUCCUCCCCAUUGACUCUCUGCUGUGGGAUUCCCUACUCUAAGGUGACAAAGGAAUAAUAGCUGGGUUAACCACUCUACUUACAAGUGCUCUAGCAGAGCAUAUCUGUACUUGGGAGCUUUGACCCUUUAAAAUUAUCUGUGGAGAUGCAGAGAGUAACCCCCACUCCUGGGUUAGGAUACUGUGGGAGACUGCACAUCCUCUGGUUUCUAUUGAAUAAGCCCAAUUGCCACAUAUAGAUGAGUAUUGGACUGAGCAGAGUUUUUGGCAAAGAUCCAGGCAGUUGCAGAACCUACUCAACCACUGCCUAGAAGGAACUUCCCAUUGGAACCUUCAGUGACUUUUAUACGGGCCAGCAGCUAGAGAGGUGAUUUUUGCCCUAGGGAGGGCCCCGUAAUCCCCACACACACAAAACGACAUGGACAUUUUCAUGAAAAAAAGUCCCCUGCUUUUUUUUGGGGGGGUGGGGGUGGGGAGAGGAGGGAAUGUAUGUUGCAUCCAAAAUAAAACUGGCAUUGAUUCUGGGGGAAGUUUAUCUGGAUAGGGUUUGCUAAUAUUAAUGGUUUUUUAUUCAUAUUCAUUUUCAUUUCUUAAAUUGGAUUAGGUGGUAUGUGAAAACAUCAGCAUGACUUUAAAGACAAUACAAUCACAUGGUUACCCCAUUACGUCCUCACCUGCUUUCAGGAACUGACAAUCUUUUAGCGAUCAGUAUGGUCUGAGUAAUCCUCCCUCCCUCAGGCACUCUUACUGGGCAUAUAAAAUGGCUUUCUAAAAUGAGUGAGGAAAAGCCAAACUACCAGUCCAAGGGAAUGGCUAACAAAAAGGUAGUGUGCCCCUGAGGCAAGUGAACUAAAAAGGUCCAUUAGGUUUUUGGUUUUUUUUUCCACCUACCUCAGCAGCAGGAUUGACCACAGUUCCGGACACACUGGGUGACCUUUUAAUAGUUUCAGCUGGGAAUGGCAAAUUCACUGUGGCGCUCUCACUAAAAUCAAUGAGUGUUACGUUUACAGAUUGAAGGAAGAGCAGGACCCAAUAUUGUAAUUGUUUGAAAAAAGACAAGCACUUUAAUGUUUUCUAGGAAGUUAGGGGUGAGCUCAGUCAUAUGGUACUAAAAAUCACUUAAGGUUCACUCCGUCCAACACAGUAAUUGUUCAGUACUUGUAGAUGGCCAUAACAUACUGAUCUUUUUAGUAGUUUGCCAGCAUAGCAACUAAGACAUGGAUAUGUUUAUUUACAUUAAUAAAAGAGCCUCCAUCCAGUUGUACUAUACAAAUUCUUAUAUUUAAUUGAAUUGUUAUUUGAGUAAAAGAGUUCUUAACAGAAUUAUUCCAAUUUAUUUCCAGAGAGAAAAGAUAUUUUGUCUUUUUGCUACAGUUAUAUCACCAAGGAUGCAAAACAUGUUUAUGUGCCGGCACGUUGGCUUUUUAUACAAUGUACUGUAUGCAGUAAAGGUACUGUAAGUAAUGAGAUGUCAAUAAACUUGUUUCA